AUGCAGCCUCUGAGCCAUACUGAAGGCCAUGAUGAAGACCUACACGGGCAUGAUGGCUCUCCCCUUGGUGCUGUGGUUCACAGGAAGAAAGAUGACCCAGACAGUACAGAGCACCAGCAGCUAGACAUCAGGAACUUCUCCUUGUUGAAUGCAUCAGUAAAAACCAUCUAUGAAAAUCCUACAGUGAACAUUACACCGAAUAGGGAAAAACUAAAAGCAUUUCCACUGAAAACUGGCACCAGGCAAGGCUACCCAUUUUCUCCACUGCUUUUUAAUAUAGUGUUCAUGAUGAACAGUCAGCAUAAGAAGCACAUGAAUAAGGGGAAAACUGAGACGGGGUCAUUCAGGCCUCUUGCAACUCAUCACUGUGGAAGAUGCAUGAGCCAGGACAGGACAGGGAAGAGGAGACAACAGGCAUUACAGACUGCAUGUGAAACAACAUUGAAGGGCUGUAUUGAGUACUUAAAGCCAAGUGUCUACAGAGAUGGGGACUUAGUACUGGGUGGGUUUUUUCCACUUUAUUCCUUAAUACAGGAAGAUAUUAUAAUUCGCCUACCUUUUCUAACAAGACCAACUCAAGCAUUGGCAUAUUCUGUGUGGCGUUGGCAGAACUAUCAAUAUGUCUUGGCCUUUCUCUUUGCCAUUGAGGAGAUAAACAAGAGCCUCCAUUUGCUCCACAACCUUUCCCUGGGUUAUGAUCUCUACAAUGCACUUCUCAGUGACCAAAGGACCUUUGAGAGUGCUCUGUAUUUGCUUUCUGGAGGGAAUGAAACCCUGACUAACAACAACUGUCAGAUUCAGAAACAACCUAUAGCUGUCAUUGCAGGAGACCUGCCAAUAUUUUCAGUCCAAAUUGGAACCCUUUUGGAGCACUACAAAAUUCCACAAAAUACACCUGAGAAGAGAGUGCUGAAAGACCUUUGGGGUCUCACUCCACCCACUGGGAGAUAUGAGCCCAGUCUGAGCAGGCCUCCUCAGGCAUUACAGACUGCUUGUGAAACAACAUUUGAAGAAUGUAUUGAAUACCUAAAGCCAAGUGUCUACAGAGAUGGGGACUUAGUAAUGGGUGGGUUUUUCCCACUUUAUUCCUUAAUACCGGAAGAUAUAAUUCGCCUACCUUUUCUAACAAGACCAACUCAAGCAUUGGCAUAUUCUGUGUGGCAUUGGCAGAACUAUCAGUAUGUAUUGGCCUUUCUUUUUGCCAUUGAGGAGAUAAACAAGAGUCUCUAUUUGCCCCACAACCUUUCCUUGGGUUAUGAUCUCUACAAUACCAUUUCCAGUGACCAAAGGACCUUUGAGAGUGCUCUGUAUUUGCUCUCUGGAAGGAAUAAAAACCUGCCUAACUUCUACUGUCAGAUUCAGAAACAACCUGUUGCUGUCAUUGCAGGAGAGCUGCCGACAUUCUCAGUCCAAAUUGGAACCCUUUUGGAGCUCUACAAAAUUCCACAAGUCACUUAUGGUCCCUUUGAUCCCAUUCUAAGUGAUAAAAACCAGUUUCCAUCAGUUUAUCAGAUGGCCAUCAAGGACACCUCUUGGUCUCAUGGGGUCAUCUGGUUGUUGCUGCAUUUUGGCUGGACGUGGGUGGCAGUCUAUGUGUCUAAUGAUAUAAAAGCAGAGGAGAUUUUUCAGGAUCUAAUGGCAGAGAUGAUAAAAAAGGAUAUCUGUAUGGCCUUUAAAGAAACACUCCCUCCCACAACAGGUGUCAACACAUUGCGUAAUUUCAGAUUUAGGACUAGGAUCAGAGUUUCAACUGCAAAUGUGUAUAUAAUACUUGGUGAUGAAGGGAGUGUCUGGAGUCUGGUAAUGGCAAAAGAAUUCAAUUUAAUUUUGGGGAAGGUAUGGAUUAUGAGAAAUCUCCACUCAUCACAGUGGGAACACCUUUUGAACAUCAUGAAUAACAAGCCAUACUUUUUCCAUGGAAGCUUCUUAUUUUCAACUCAGAAAAAGAAAAUUCCUGGCUUCAAACAAUUUUUGAAGAUAAUCCAACCUUUUAAAUACCCAGAAGACUUUUACUUUACUAAAUUAUGGAUUUCAUUUUUUAAUUGUUCACUUGCUGAUUCACAAUGUGGCAAAAUUGAAUACUGCCCACCAAAUUCUUCCUUAGAGUUUGUGCCACAUUAUUUGGACAUGAUGACUGUGUCUGACUCCAGUUUCUUUAUCUAUCAUGCUGUGUAUAUGGUGGCCCAAGCCCUUCAUCAGCUGAUUUUGCAGAAAAUACAAAUGAGAUCUCCAGGAGAUGCAGACCAGCCUGUGUUUCUACUCUGGCAGCUUCAUCCAUUUCUGAAAAAAAGUCAAUUUAUAAACAACACUGGCUACCAGGCCAUAGUUGAGAAGAGAAAUCAUACAGCACAGUAUGCCAUCCAUAACCUUGUGAAUCUUCCUAAUCACAAUUGGCUGUUGGUUAACAUAGGAGACUUUGUCUACAGGAGCCCUCAUGAUCAAGUCUUGUUCAUCAAUGAAGAGAUGAUAAAAUGGCCUGUUAGUUUCAAAGAGACUCCAGAGUCUUUGUGUAGCCAGAGCUGUGAUCCUGGAUUCAAGAAAAUUCUCCAAGAGGGAAGACCUGUUUGCUGCUUUAUUUGUGUUGCUUGCACAGAGAGAGACAUUUCAAAUCAAACAGAUGCAAAGGAAUGUAUCCCAUGUCCUGUUCAAGAGUAUCCAAACAGGGAGAGAACUUGCUGCCUCCCCAAGGCUGUGACAUUCUUGGCUUUUGAAGAUUCUUUGGGGACUGCCAUGGCCUGCACAGCUCUGUGUUUUUCUGUGGCCACAGUUCUGAUACUGGGGAUCUUUUUAAAGCACCGAGACACACCCAUUGUCAAAGCUAAUAACAAGGCUCUCAGCUUUAUCUUACUCACUUCCCUCUUGCUAUGUUUCCUCUGCUCCAUACUCUUCAUUGGCCAUCCUAAGGCAAUCACCUGCAUCCUCCAACAAGUAAUAUUUGGAAUUGUGUUCACUGUAGCUGUUUCUACUGUUUUGGCCAAAACCAUUACGGUGAUUCUGGCAUUCAAGUCCAUGUUGCCUGGAAGAACAAUGAGGUUCUUGCUGCUAUCAGGAUCUUCGAACUCUGUCAUUCCCAUAUUCACUCGUAUACAAAUGAUUAUCUGUGGAAUCUGGUUGGGAACCUCUCCUCCUUUUGUUGACAUAGACACACACUCUGAGCCCAGAAGCCUCAUCAUUGUGUGUAACAAGGGGUCAGUCACUGCCUUCUACUGUGUCCUGGGAUACCUGGGCUUCUUGGCUCUGGGGAGUUUCAUUGUGGCCUUCUUGGCCAGGAACCUGCCUGACACAUUCAAUGAAGCCAAGUUCCUCACGUUCAGCAUAUUGGUGUUCUGCAGUGUCUGGAUUACAUUUAUCCCUGUCUACCACAGCACCAAGGGGAAGUUCAUGGUGGCUGUGGAGGUUUUCUCCAUCUUGGCCUCCAGUGCAGGGCUCCUAGGCUGCAUCUUUGUCCCCAAGUGCUACAUUAUUCUGAUAAGACCUGAUAAAAACUCUUUGAAAGGUUUAAAAAAUAGAAAUUAUUCCAAACAAAAAAG